ACCGAAUCGAAGACCCAUUGGAUAACCUAACCUAAACCUAACUCUGAAAAUGGUUUAAUCAAGCUUGUGGAUCGUCUGUUUUAAAGGUGGUUUUUAUCUGUUUUAAGUGUCGUUUUAGUGAGAAAUUAUCGUGGAAUAUAUAUAUAUAUAUAGAAAAAAUAUGAUAAAAUACAAAACUAAUUAGGAAUAACAACAAAAAGUAAUACAGUUAUGUUGAAAAAAGCAAUUAAAACCACCAGAGUUUUACAGGAAUACAAAAACAACGAAAAAAUAUGAAAAAAACCCCACAACAGAUACAGAAAAAAACCUAAAACAAACCCGGUGACUUAAAAAACCCAAAGUUACAAAAAUAAACCCGAUAUAUUACAUAAAACUACAGAAAGUAAUGAAAUUUGUACAUAAAAUCGAUGCUUCUGGUUUUGUAUUCAACUCGGAGGUACCCGCGUGUUCCUUGUACCUGUAAACCCAGUACCACACCUCAUAAACCCAGUACUACACCUCAUAAACCCAGUACUACACCUCAUAAACCCAGUACUACACCUCAUAAACCCAGUACUACACCUCAUAAGCCCAGUACUACACCUCAUAAACCCAGUACUACACCUCAUAAGCCCAGUACUACACCUCAUAAACCCAGUACUACACCUCAUAAACCCAGUACUACACCUCAUAAACCCAGUACUACACCUCAUAAGCCCAGUACUACACCUCAUAAACCCAGUACUACACCUCAUAAGCCCAGUACUAAACCUCAUAAACCCAGUACUACACCUCGUAUCGUGUGAGAACAAUAUACUGACGUAAUACAAGUAAGUGUUAAUAAAAAUUAGUUAAUAGUUACCUACAUGAGUGAAAAGGUCAAACGUAAUGACCUCUGACCUCUGACCUCUGAGGAAAAAUAAAUAGGGGAAAAUUACUGCAGUGAAAUGUGUAGUUGAAGCAAUAACUCGACAACACAACAACAUGAGUGUCAAUGGAGGAGGAGGAGGAGGAGGUAGCAGUGGAGGAGGUAAACACACAUCUCCUCGGGUCUGUAGGAUAUCAGAGGUAUCCUACGCCCCCUCAAGGACACCUCACCACGUACAGGAUGUCUCUCCGGUGAUCUACGAAACAUGUGAAAGGCAGAAGGAAGAACAGGAACACCCAGACACGUUGCCGAGGGUGAGAUACACUCGUCCUGAUGUAACCCACACCAGAACCUCGACUCAAUGUCCUUACGUCGACGAGCAAGACUGGGGGGAAACUGAAGUACCUUACGAUUAUUGCUCCGUGACGCCCGAUCUAGCUUGCCCCGUUACUGAAGAUGUCACCAGGGGUACUAGGGACGUCACCAGGGGUACUAGGGACGUCAACAGGGCCACUAGGGACGUCAGUAAGGCCACUAGGGGCGCAGGAUGUCAACAAUGGACGGGGACUUUGGACGUUCCUGAAGAAUAUCGUGAGAUCUCUCCACCCUCUUAUCACGGCUCCUUAUGUAUGGUGCCUCAGGGGAGUAGCGUGGAGGCGAGGUUGAGUGACGCCCUGGGCCUGGCAGCAGAGGACCCCUGGGCAGGAGGGAGGCGCCUUAGCAGGAGCCUUGAGGACCUACCAACUGACAUACAGGACCACAUCCUCAGGUGUCAGUGUACCUGUGACCACCUGGGCUAUGGCAACUUCUCGGCUGGUUCCUUGUCUCGCCUGACGAACGGGUGCUCAGCUCACCUAGCGAAGGGUUCUACCUCUGCUGACGAUCCCAACGCCCGCCCUGACGAACAGCUUCACGUCCACGAGAAUAAACCCACAACAAAGAAACAUAAAGAGGACGGGCUAGGGGCGAGGACAAGGUGUGGGUGUGUGGUAUUGGUGCUGGCGGCCGUGGCUGGUGGGCGUGGGCGUGCCUCUCGCUCUACGGGUCGACCCAGGGGCGUCUCUCCACCAACGUCUAGAGUCGGCCAAGACGCUACUCAGAGAGACGCCGCUCUUUGACGGACACAACGACCUGCCGUAGAGAGAGACUAACACACACACCUUCCUCCGGCAGACACAACGACCUGCCGUAGAGAGAGAGACUAACACACACACCUUCCUCCGGCAGA